AUGGCGGAGACGGUAGUAUCCUCUCUUAUCGACAGGCUGGUUCCCUUGCUGACCCAAGAAGCAAAGCAGUUACGAGGCAUUCAUGGAGAAGUUGCUGACAUCAAAGAUGAACUGGAUAUCAUUCAGUCCUUCCUCAAGGACGCAGAUGCAAGGGCGGCAGCAGAAGAAGACAACAGUGAGGGAGUCAAAACUUGGGUGAAACAAGUACGAGAAGUAGCUAUCCGAAUAGACGUUGCCAUCGACCAAUACUUGCUUCAGGUGGCACAACAUGGUCCUCAUCGGCCAGAUAGCAAUGAGAUUCAAGAGAUCAAAGCAUCAGUGCAGAAAAUCAAGGCAAGAAGUGAAAGAUACGGCUUCCAAUCCACUGGUCAAGGAUCUGGCAGCAAUGCUCCAAAAGCUAGGUGGUACAACCCUCGAAACGAUUCUCUUUAUCUAGAUGAUAUUGACGUUGUGGGAAUUGAAGUUCCUAGAGAUAGAUUGAUUGGCUGGUUGGUAAAAGGACCGCCUCAUCGCAUUGUGGUUUCGGUGGUGGGCAUGGGCGGAUUGAGCAAGACCACUCUUGCCAAAAAAGUCUACGACCACCAAACUGUGAGAGGACACUUUGACUGCCAUGCUUGGAUCUCAGUGUCUCAAUCAUACAACAUAGAAGAUCUUCUAAGGAGCAUGAUAAAGCAAUUUUGUGAGGUUAAAAAGGAGCUUCCUCCUGUGGGAGUGGACACAAUGGAUGAGGUGUCGUUGAACAAAAACUUAAGAGAUUACUUGCAACAAAAGAGGUAUGUUGUCGUAUUUGAUGAUUUGCAACCAGUGUCUCCGGAAAAGGCAUGGGAGCUCUUUUGCAAAAGAGCAUUCCGAUUUGACUUUGGAGGGCAAUGCCCCACAGAGUUGGAGAAAUUGUCUCGUGAAAUUGUCAAGAAAUGCCAAGGAUUACCACUUGCAAAUACUACUAUAGGUGGUCUUUUAUCAACCAAGAACAAGACCUUGUUUGAAUGGAGAAACUUGCAUGACAAUCUUGGCUUUGAGUUAGGAAGAAAUCCCUAUCUUGCUGGUGUCAACAAAGUUUUAUCCUUAAGUUUUGAAGACUUGCCUUACCACCUCAAAUCUUGUCUCUUAUACUUUGGCAUGUAUCCAGAGAGUUUUGGCAUUCCAAGUAUAAGAUUGAUUCGACAAUGGAUAGUUGAAGGUUUUGUCAACAAAAUAAAUGAUAAAGCAUUGGAAGAUAUCGCUCGAGAAUACUUGACUGAGCUGAUUAGUAGAAGCUUGGUUCAAGUAUUAGAGGUUGCCUUUGGUGAAGUUGCAACGUGUCGAAUCCAUGAUAUAUUGCAUGAGAUCAUCCAACAGAAGAUGGAAGAUCUAUGUUUUGGUCAUAUUGAUGGCCAGGAGCUCCACCAAGAUGAUUCUGUCAUGGUGUUUUCUUCAAGUGGGGGAUCUUCGUACGGGGAUCCUGGAAGAGGAUGA